CCUCACUGACACAGAAAACACCACAGAGGAGACCAGAGCACAGCAACCCACAGAGGGGAGAGGGAGCACCACAAUGCAGAUGAAAGGCACGACCCAGUUCAGCUCCUCCAGGAACGACAGCAACUGCACCAGCGACAGCAGGAUCAGCCAGGUCAUCUUCCCUCUGCUCUACACAUUCCUGUUCCUGGUGGGGCUCACCAUGAACGGCCUGGCAAUGUGGGUCUUCUUCAAAAUAUCCAGUAAAUCCAAUUUCAUCAUCUUCCUCAAGAACACCGUGAUUUCUGACUUCCUGAUGAUCUUGACUUUCCCAUUUAAAAUCCUCAGCGAUGCCAAGCUGGUGUCCUGGGUGCUGCGGGGGUUCGUGUGCCAGGUCACCCAGGUGGUGUUUUACUUCACCAUGUACAUCAGCAUCCUGUUCCUGGCUCUGAUCACCGUGGACCGCUACCAGAAAGCCACGUCCCCCUUCAGGAGCCCCACGCCCCGCAGCCUGCUGGCUGCCAAGCUCCUGUCCACAGCAGUCUGGCUCUCAAUGUUCGCCCUCUCGCUGCCCAACAUGAUUCUAAACAACAAGAAGAAAACCCCCAGGAGCGUCAGGAAGUGUGCCCUCCUGAAAUCUGAGUUUGGCUUGGUCUGGCAUGAAAUUGUAACCUACAUUUGUCAGCUCAUCUUCUGGGUGAGCCUAGCAGUCAUCGUGGUGUACUACCUCCUCAUCAGCAGGGAGCUGUACAAAUCCUACAAAAGGACACGAUGCACAGGGAAGGCGUCCAAAAAGACUGUCAACCUCAAGGUUUUCAUCAUCAUUGCCGUGUUCUUUAUCUGCUUUGUGCCAUUCCACUUCACCAGGAUCCCCUACACGCUGAGCCAGACCAGAGACGUGUUCGACUGCUCUGCCCAGAACACCCUGUUCUACCUGAAGGAGACCACGCUGUGGCUGACGUCCCUCAACGCCUGCCUGGACCCCUUCAUCUACUUUUUCCUUUGCAAAUCGUUCAGGAAAUCCCUGCUGGCCAUGCUGUGCCAGCACAGGGCAGUGCCAGGGCUGGGGGCACACACCAAGGGGCAGAACGAGGGGGAUGACACCGAUGAGACCCCGCUCUGACCCCAGCACCCACACACCUCCCCUGGGCUGGCAGGGGCACAGACCCAGCAGGAGAACCCACAGCCUCACUGACUUCUUUAGAAACAGCCCUGCAGAUGAAGCACAAGCACCCUGGAACCACUGCACUGAAACAACAGAGGGGUCCCCUCGCCCCCAGCCUCCACCAUGGCAGAAAGAGCUCCCCUGACCCCAACCUCCACACCUGCCAGGACUGCUGGGAAGAAAUCUGGGCUUAAAGGUGGAACUGGGAGGGAAAAACUAAAGACAAUCAUGAAAUGCUACAGAUGGUAUCAUGAACUGUAAAGAUUUUUCAGAAAUAGCUAAACUUGGGCCAGAGUAAAGUCCACGGCAGCACAGGAUCUGAGAAAUGCAGAUAAAAUCACAGUAGAUGUGAUUUUUCAAUACAGGGAGUUGUCACCUUGUAUGCAACUGGCAGACAAACAAACCUAGGCCAGAGGAAGAGGAGCCAUUGGUGCAGAUUUUUGGUAACAGAAUAACACUUUGCUUAUCUCAUUCUGUGCUUGCAGUUCCUAAUCCAUUGACCAAUAAUUAAUAGUUGUAUGUCAGAGGAAAUGAUUUCGUAAUCAGGCUUAUCUUGAGAUGAGUUAAAUCCCCAAAUCCUUCCCCUUACUACAGCAAUAAACAGAACUGUAUGUUUUCACACAGAACAUUAUAUUAGAAAACAUACAAAACUCAAUUUACAUCCU